AUGGAUGCAUAUCUAGAACUCAUCCAAGACCUCUCCCGAGACUUCAACCACUUCGCCCUCACUAGGAUUCCUCGCUCGGAAAACACUCAGGCGGAUGCGUUGGCCGCACUCGCAUCAAGUUCGGAUUCUGGACUAAGACGAGUAAUCCCCGUCGAGUUCAUCAAACACCCAAGCACCGGACCACCAGUGGUCGCCAAUCUGAUUCGAGCACAAAUCGAAAAUGCGGAGGAAGUCGAAGACCCACCAGAAGAAAAUGUGGAUCAGUCGGAAUACGGCUGCGACAGCCCAUGGCUAGAGCCAAUCCGGGCAUACAUAAUCAACGGAACGCUUCCCACUGAGAAAUGGGCGAUCCGCAAAAUCAAGAUCCAGGCCGCGCGAUAUGUAACGGUAGAAGGAGAAAUCUACAAAUGGAGAUUCUCUGGCCCACUCAUGACCUGCGCCGAAGGCGAAAAAGCAAGAAGAGUAAUGGAGGAGGUUCAUUCCGGAUCAUGUGGGAACCACUCCGGCGGAAGAUCUCUCGCCGUAAAAAUAAAACACCAUGGUUAUUACUGGCCAACUAUAAUCAAAGACUGCGAGAAGUUCGCACGGAAGUGCGAAAAAUGCCAAAGGCACGCGCCGACAAUCCAUAAACCCGCGGAAGUCCUCUCGUCCAUCUCGUCUCCAUAUCCCUUCAUGCGAUGGUCUAUGGAUAUCGUCGGGCCGUUACACAACUCGAAGCAGAAACGCUUCCUCCUGGUCCUCACAGAUUUCUUCUCAAAGUGGCUAGAGGCAGAUUCCUACGCAAGUAUCAAAGACGUACAAGUCGAGAACUUCUGGAAGAUACGACUUACCAAGUCGACUCCCAGAUAUCCACAGUGCAAUGGCCGGGCAGAGACCAUCAACAAAACCGUCCUCGACGGGUUAAAAAAGCGCUUAGAAGCUAAAAAGGGGCGAUGGGCAGAAGAGCUCGAAGGAGUUCUUUGGUCGCAUCGUACGACCCCGAGACGGGCUAUGGGUGAAACCCCAUUCGCCCUCGUUUACGGAACAAAAUGUAUGAUCCCUGCGGAAGUAGAAUUUCCUGGAGUACGGAGAAGAUUCCUCCCCGAACGAGAAGAUCUUAACAGUGCAAUGCUGCUAGACGAACUCGAUCUUAUUAACGAGCGGCGAGAUCAAGCUCUCAUACGGAUCCAAAAUUACCAGCACGCCGCCGCAAAAUACUACAACUCAAACGUUCGCCAUCGCAGGUUCAAAGAAGGCGACCUGGUCCUUCGCAAAGUCUUCCAAAACACUGCCGAACGUAACGCAGGAAAACUAGGAGCAAACUAG